AUGAAAACCGCCGGAGCGCCGCCGCAUAGAGGUGGCCCCUCCUCCUCCGCCGCAUACUUUUACCGGUCUUCAUCAUCUUCUUCUUCCGAUAGCUGUAGAGUUCUCGUAGUGAAGAUGGGAGGAGGAAAAAGCAAGAGGCCUCAAUCCAAUAAGGAGUUUCAGAACAGAGGAUCUGGUACAGCUAAGCCAGCAACUAGUUACAGGAAGAAGAAAGUAGAUAAAGAAGAGUUACCGGAUGAUACCGAGCUCUACCGUGAUCCUACAACUACACUUUACUACACGAAUCAAGGUCUGUUGGAUGAUGCAGUUCCUGUUUUGCUUGUUGAUGGUUAUAAUGUGUGUGGAUAUUGGAUAAAGCUAAAGAAACAUUUCAUGAAGGGUAGGCUUGACGUUGCUCGCCAGAAGUUAGUUGAUGAACUUGUGUCCUUCAGUAUGGUUAAAGAGGUUAAGGUAGUGGUUGUGUUUGACGCGCUCAUGUCUGGUCUCCCUACUCACAAGGAAGACUUUGCGGGUGUUGAUGUGAUCUUCUCAGGAGAAACUUGCGCUGACGCUUGGAUUGAAAAGGAGGUGGCUGCAUUGAGAGAAGAUGGAUGCCCAAAGGUUUGGGUUGUAACAUCUGAUGUAUGUCAACAACAAGCAGCACAUGGAGCGGGAGCUUAUGUUUGGAGUAGCAAGGCAUUGGUUUCCGAGAUCAAAUCAAUGCAUAAGGAGGUUGAAAGAAUGAUGCAGGAAACAAGGUCAACAUCGUUCCAAGGGAGAUUGCUGAAACACAAUCUUGAUUCUGAAGUCGUUGAUGCUCUUAAAGAUCUAAGAGACAAAUUAUCAGAAAACGAAACAAAGAGAUGA